AUGGCACUUUCAAGCACUGCAUCUCGCCGAAGGCGCUCUCUCUUCCCCGGUCUGGCUGCCAUCGGGCUUGUACAGCCACCCUCGGGCUCCCCCAUCGAUCCUACAACCAAUAUACCUACUAUUCAUGGUCAAGAACAGACAACUACGACCGGGAGAAGACUGUCCCAGAACAUCGUCCCUGCAUGGUCAGGAAGACUAUCUGUCGGUGAAAGCAGUGAUUCUUGUCCACGCGGCGCGAUACCACAAAAUGCCCUCGAAUCCAGCGCUCAUGACGCAUUUUACGAUGUGCGGUUGACGAUCGAUGAGUCAAGUGAAGAAGACGAUCCAGAGCCCUAUGGGGUCUAUGAUACCGUUGGGCUGGCGCAGAUCUCACAAGGCAAAAGCAGGUCAAGCUCCUCUCCUGUCAUAUCGCCCGCUGUAGAGAUACCGGUCUCUGCUUAUAACCACCAACGACGGUCUGCACAAGGGCAGGAACGCCGUCGACGUCCGCGGAAGGGGAUGCAAAAGUUCGACGAUGACUUGAAUUCCUUCAAUCGCUUUGCUCAAAAUGGACUCGCGUCGACAGAUAUUGUUUCGCCGUCUUUGCUCGACUCAUCUGUAUUGCAGACCCAGCCAGGCUUCAUUGAUCGACGCGGGAGUGAGUCUUUCGCCGUUCCGGUCGGCGAUGGCUUUGAUGCCCUCGAUGUCAUGGGAGAUCACAUCUUUCGAAUUGGCGCUCAGCGCAAGAAGUGGUUCAGAGCCCCCAAGAUGGGGUCAAAACAUGACUCAAUAGCGACUGGUGUCACUAUCAGAGCUCAGACCGGCCUAUACAGGACAUUCCCAGUGGGACACGAAGCUCUAGCCCCAUUCGAAGCCGCCAUGUCACGUCUGAAUCCAGAGGUAGGCAUCAAAAUCAGAUCAGAUAUAGUAAGCUGUAUAAUGGCUACAUAUAUCGUCCCUUUUCCUUCCAUGUCCGAGCUCGUUAUCGAUGAGAAUACACGCAUACAAAUUUUGGACUCUAUCGAAUUGCUGGCUCGAGCUAGGAAGCAUCAAUAUGCCGCGUUCAUUCGAUCGGAAAGAGCCCUCUGUGUCUGGGCAGAUGACGUCGAUAUGAUCGUUGCUGCUGCCGAAACAUUGGAAGAGUCGCUUGUGCACUUUGUGUGGCGCGGCGAAGCAGAGAAUGCCAAACACAACCAAAUCCUUCUCCUAGACGUGGAUAAACGGAAGGGUUCUCCACCACAAAGGGAUGGAGUCGGGGAAUCGGAAAAAUCCGAGCUGGUCGGCCCUAUCAUUCCAGCGCUUGAGGAUAUCACUCUAGCUUAUCACAACGAAACCGGAGAUGAAGACCCGAGCGUCCAACAAAUGAAAGAUCAUUGGCGCGAGCGGCCAGUCAUGCUCAUUGCGCCUCUAUCUGAUGCCCUCAGUUUGAUCUUGGUCAUGACCUUGAUUGGUUUAGGUCUUCGUACUCUUGUCAAGGAAUAUACGUUGGAUGGCAAAGCGACCAGAUUCUCAUUGAUCAUCUUCACUCCGCCACUAUUUUGCAUUGCGUCAUAUGCCUGUAUGUGUGUGAUCGGAUCCAUAUUCCAAAUUCUCGGCCCCAUUCGCCAAGUCACUCAAAAAUCUAGAUAUUUCAGUGGUAUCGCGCCCAAGCGUACUAUGGGCGAUUUACCUCAUGUCACAGUACAGUUGCCCGUGUACAAGGAGUCUCUAGAGGAAGUCAUCAUGCCAACCAUUGAGUCUCUCAAGAAAGCCAUCACCACCUACGAGCGACAAGGUGGUUCCGUGGGGAUCUUGGUCUGUGACGAUGGCUUGCAGCUUCUUUCUCAAGCUGAAGCCGACCGCCGUCGUCGAUUCUAUUUCAACAACAGCAUAGCAUUCGUUGCGAGACCCGGCCAUGGAGUGGAUGGAUUCGUGCGAAAAGGGCGUUUCAAAAAGGCAGGAAAUAUGAAUUUUGCGGCCGCUCUCUCUCUCAGAGUUGAAGAGCUCAUGGAUGACACCCGCCCAGUCAACCCUGUGGACCAUCCUUGGAAUGACAUCGACGAAAACAAGAUAUACGAGCACGCGUUGGAGAUGGCCCUUGCAGAGAAAAAGGGAAAGGCUUGGGCUGAAGGCAAUAUACGAUUUGGCGAAAUCAUUCUCAUCAUUGACUCCGACACGAGAGUCCCUGAAGAUUGUUUUGCCGACGCCGUCACUGAAAUGAAAGAGAGCCCGGAAGUCGCAAUCAUUCAACACAUGUCUGGUGUGAUGCAAGUGGCCAACCAUUUUUUCGAAAAUGGAGUUGCACAUUUCACACGAGGCAUUCAGCACGCUAUCUCUUACUGCUGUGCCAGCGGAGAGGUGGCUCCCUUUGUCGGACAUAAUGCUUUUCUUCGCUGGUCUGCACUGCAAGAAUGUAUGUCGAUUGACCCAGACGACGGCGUCAGCAAGAUAUGGUCGGAGGAUCAUGUCUCGGAAGAUUUUCAGAUUGCCGUGACGCUCCAAAUGCGGGGCUACACAGUACGAUGGGCGACUUAUAGUGGAGGCGAAUUCGAAGAAGGAGUCUCAUUAACAUGCGAUGACGAGCUGAAUAGGUGGCAGAAAUACGCAUUUGGGUGCUCUGAAUUGCUCUUUCAUCCUAUUCGUCAUUGGUUGUAUAAAGGUCCAAUCACACCCCUUUUCAAACAAUUCGUAUGGUCAAACAUCGCUGUACAUUCUAAAUUCACCAUUUGCGGCUACAUCUUUUCCUACUAUGCCAUUGCCUGCGCAUGGUUCUUGUCAGUCGCAAAUUACUUCAUCGCUGGCUUCGAUCUCCCCGUCGAUGGUUACUAUUGCUCCAAGCUCGCUUUCGACCAAAUCAAAUGGGUCCGUGAGUGGCAUCUCUGA